GCCCUGCCCCCUCCCGCAGCGUGGCCCGGCGCCGCUUCCCAGGCGGGGUGAGGGGGCGGCUGCCGCGCAGACUCAGGCCGGCCCUCGCCCCUGCCUGCCUAGCGUCCUCCGCAGCUCGGCUCGGCAUGGCUCUGCGGCUGCUGUUGGGCCGAGCGACGCGGCCAGCUCCGCUGUGCUGCUCUUUGAGGAGAACUAGUUCUAAUGUGGAAGGAAAGUCUGAACCUAUACAGAAAUCCCCUAAAAAAUCAAAAUUACCAGUAGGUCGUCUUGAUGAACCAGAGGAGUCCAAUAGAGAGAGAGAACCACUGGAAAAAUUUCCAGAUGACAUCAAUCCUGCUACAAAGGAAAAGGGUGGACCCAAAGGCCCUGAACCUACUCGUUAUGGAGAUUGGGAGAGAAAAGGACGUUGUAUAGAUUUUUAAUGCACAAAUGUAUCUAUAUUGCUAAUAGUAUGUUUGAUACUUGUUUAAAGAAUUUACUGUAGAUAGAGAAAUUUCACCUAAUUGUUCCUUUUAAUUUUUAAAUGGAGCUUCUUUUUUCCAACAUGUAUUUGAGGAAUAUCCUGAGGAAUGAUUUCUGCAAAUAAACAUUGUUAGUCAAUAUUAA